UCUCCCAUUACCUAGGAUUUGGCAUCCAAAACUCAGAGCCAGGUUAUUUAUAGACAGGCCCGCAGCAGGGGAGGGGAAAGGCUAGUGUUUAUAAACAUGGGGUCACCUGAGUCUAAGAGGUCCAGAGAGGGAGGGUCUGGGGAGAAGUGGUACUGGCCCCUGAGGCUGUGAGAUAGCUCUGCAUCUGGUCCCACCCCACUAAAGGGAAGGGGAACGAUGAGUGCCGCUCAGAGGUCCGACCACAAACGCUCCAACGUUUGGGCCAUAUGCAAAUAUCAUGCAAAUCAGCAAAUGCACCAGCGGAGACUUUCUGGUGGGCGGGACCCUCGUGGGCCUCCCCGGCUUAGUGGUCUGGGAGGUGGGGCCCAGCCAGGUCAGGGCCCACCUGAGGAAGAGGCAAGUCUCACAAGUCUCACAAGUCCCUCCCUCAUCCCUGGCCUCGCUCGGAGCCAAAGUGGAUUCUGGAGAAAGACCUCGCAGUCCUAGGGGUAGGGAGGUACGCCCCUCGGCCCCUUCCUGCGCCACACCCGCUGCCCCCACCCCGUGUCCGUUGUUGGAGAAGAGAGGUGUCAGGUUACCGCCGCGGGGGCUAUAGUUAGCCACGGGACUUUGUUGAUCUGCUGGACUCCCGGGACAGCGCAGCGCCCGCCCGGACUUGAGCCCCCUGCCUCCUGCCCGAGCUAUCAGCGCCCCUUCCCGCUCUCGCCCCUGCAACUUCCAGGCCCGCCCUUAGCCCCGCCCACGCCCUCCGGGACUGUAUCCUGAACGGGGGCACUUCACACCCGAGGAACGGACCCAGGUCUUUGUCCCCCAGCCCAUCGCCAAUGGUGCCCUCGACAUCUGGACCUCGCUUUCCUGAGUCUCCCCCCAAAACGAUGCUGGUGGCUCUGCUGAUGGCUCUCCAUGCCCUCUGGCAGGCCCGGGCUGUUCCCAUCCUGCCCCUGGGCCUGGCUCCAGACACCUUUGAUGAUGCUUAUGUGGGCUGCGCAGAGGAGAUGGAAGAAAAGGCAGCCCCUCUGCUGAAGGAGGAGAUGGCUGGCCACGCCCUGCUGCGGGAGUCCUGGGAGGCAGCACGGGAGGCCUGGGAGCACAGGCGUCGAGGGCUCACCCUGCCCCCUGGCUUCAAAGCCCAGCACGGAAUCGCCGUCAUGGUCUAUACCAACUCAUCUAACACUUUAUACUGGGAGCUGAACCAGGCUGUGCGAACAGGCGGUGGCUCCCGGGAAUUCUACAUGAAGUACUUCCCCUUCAAGGCCCUGCAUUUCUACUUGACCCGGGCCCUGCAGCUGCUGCAGGGCAGUGGGGGCUGCAGCAGGGGACCUGGGAAGGUGGUGUUCCGAGGCGUGGGCACCCUUCACUUUGAACCCAAGAGGCUGGGGGACUCUGUCCGCUUGGGCCAGUUUGCUUCCAGCUCCCUGGAUGAGGCAGUGGCCCGCAGAUUUGGUAAUGCCACCUUCUUCUCUCUAAGGACUUGCUUUGGGGCCCCUAUCCAGGCCUUAUCUGUCUUUCCUGAGGAGCGCGAGGUGCUGAUCCCCCCACAUGAAGUCUUCUUGGUCACCAGGUUCUCCCAGGAAGGAGCCCAGAGCCUGGUGACUCUCUGGAGCUAUAAUCAGACCUGCAGCCACUUUAACUGUGCCUAUCUGGGUGGGGAGAAGAGGCGGGGCUGUGUAUCUGUACAAAGAGGACAGCCAGACUCCACCUCCCAGGGGGACUUCUCUCUACUCUCCUGGAAGACCCUGUUCUUGGCACCUAGGGGCUUCCAGAUCUCAGGAGUUGGGCCCUGAAAGUUCAAUAUCUGCCACUUAGGAGUUCUGGGAACUGGUGACCUUCAUAUGAAGAAGGGAGCUUCGAACAGCCUCGAAGGGAGAAAGUGGUUUCGGACACAGCCCUAGCAGCCACUUCCCCAGGGAUGGGGACCCACCCAGCCAUCUCUCUAUCCAGCCAUCUCCCCUCCCAACCAGGAUGUGGGGGGAUCUGAGGCCACGGCAGGGUGGAGGGAGCCCUGCUGUGUGGUGGUAGGGACUCCCUGGGACAAGCACGGGUAGUACUAUGACGAUCACUCAAUUAAACAGUAUUGCAGUGUGGUGA